AUGUCGAACCCUCUAGACACUGAUGCUGGCACGGAGAUGUUCACCAGCUACGAGAACGAGCUGAAACUCUUUCAGGCUGAUCUGAACCAGAAGCUAGACCAGAUCGCUGAAGCAAGCGGUGAGCAGCGCAAAGCUGCCAUCCGACAAGCUGAGCAGGUACUGGAUGAAGCAACAGAAUUACUUGAUCAAAUGCGCAUGGAGAAACAAAACAUUCCCUCAGCUACCCGUUCCAAGGUCAACAUGCGAUUCCGGAACUAUUCUACCGAUAUCGACGAAAUUAAGCGCAAACUGAAGUCCCUCUCGGAUGACCGGAAGGCGUUGUUUGGCGAUAGAUACACCGAUGAGCCACAAGACGAACAUCUUGAGCAACGCCAACAGCUCCUGUCCGGAACAGAGCGUCUUGAGCGUAGCUCUGCACGGCUGCAGCAAAGUCAACGGGUUGCGCUGGAAACGGAAGAUAUUGGGCAGGGCGUGCUGGCUGAUUUGCACAUCCAACGACAGACUAUCCAGCAUACUCGUGAUAAUCUCCAGCAGAGUGAAGGCUACGUCGAUACGAGUAUUAAGACUUUGCGGGGGAUGGCUCGUAGGAUGGCUACAAAUCGGAUAAUUACCAUUGCUAUCAUUACAGUCCUUGUUCUGUUGAUUGUUGCUGUCAUUUUUAGCAAGUUCCAUUAG